AUGUGUGUUGGGCAGAAUAAUUCCCUCUCCAACCCCCAGGAUGGCAGAUCCAGUCCCUGGAACCUCUGUGUUGGGUACACGGAAAGGGCGGUGAAAGCUGCAGAUGGAGCUGAGGUGGCCGAUCAGCUGCCCUGGGAGAACCAGCCAGUGAGGGCUUCCUGCCUGUUACUUCACAAUGUGCCAAGAAUGCCCCUGACUUGUAGCCCUGUGCGCCUUCUUCACUUACUGUUGCUACUAACAGCCUUGGAGAUCAUGGUUGGUGCUCACUCUCUUUGCUUCAACUUCACUAUAAAAUCAUGGUCCAGACCUGGACAGCCCUGGGUGUGGGAAGUACAGGUCUCUCAUGUAAAAAUCUUUCUUCAGUACGACAGUGACAGCAACAUGGUUGCUUCUCUGGGUCUCCUGGGGAAGAAGUGGAAUGCCACCAGCACAUGGGGAGAAUUGACCCAAACGCUUUCGGGAGAAGUGAGCUUCGAGACUCAGAUGCCCUCUUCUGACAUCAAACCCUAGAUAAAGACCAGUGGUCCUUCCACUCUGCAGGUCGAAAUGCUUUGUCAGCGUGAGGGUGAACGAUGCACUGGUGCAUCCUGGCAGUUCGCUAUCAAUGGAGAGAAAUCCCUCCUCUUAGACGUGAUGAGCAUGACUUGGACAGUAUUAACCAAAGAAGCUGUGGUAAGACUGGGCACAUGGAAGAAAGACAGAGGGCUGGAAAAGUAUUUCAGGAAGCUGUCAGUGGGAGACUGUGAUCACUGGCUCAGGGAAUUCUCAGAGCAGUGGGAGGCGAUGCCAGAACCGACAGUGUCACCAGUAAAUGUUUCAGAUAUCCAUGAGUCUUCUUCUAGCCUACCAGAUAUAUGGAUCAUCCUGGGGGCGUUCAUCUUGUUUGUCUUAAUGGGAAUUUUUCUCAUCAUCUAUAUCAGGUGGCGAAAAGGCAGAAGAUCCACCUGGAGGUGGUACCACGGCGGCGGCGCGGAGUUGUUCACCUGUGGUCCUUUAUCGCUGACAGCCUUGGUUCCCACUGCUCUGUGUUCCCUGAGUCAAGUGGAGUUACAAACCCCCUUCCAAGACCGAAUGGGAUUGCAUUCUUGAUUUGGCUGUCAGCUUGAACAUUAUUGGUGUAUGGAAUAACUAUUUUUAUACAUUGAU